CGCUGGCAAUGUAUCAGUGCAGGGGCAUUAUUUCCUGAUUCCUUUUGGAAGGGUUGUACAUGGCAACAGCUGUUGGGCUGGACUUAUGUACUGCAGCCAGCCUCUGCGGGCAGACGCAGAGUAAUUUAUAAUUUUUGUUUUGUUGUUUUUUUUUGUUUCUCUUUACCUCCCCAACCCCCCCCAACUCUUCUUAUGCUUGAGAGAAAGAACGCGUGCAAUACUAUUCAUGAGCUCGAGGUUUGUACUGUACGUGCGUCUAAGGCUGAAUGAAAACACCAUACUUCAAUCCCGGUAGCAGUGUAUGUAUUUUUUUUUCGUCCCCGCCCCCUGUAUUUUUCUUCAAAGACGCGCAUUAACGCCGCAAGAUUGUUAGAGAGGUUUGCACGGCCAUUGUGAGGUGGUUUGGGGAAAGAGAAUUCAAUUUUUUGUUCGAAUUGCAGGAAUUAAACCCGCUGCCAAAGUUACAGCAUGAGUUCUUUAACCCGCCGCUAAAGGAACACGUUCUGCCAUAUUGAAUUCUCUUUUAAAAUACAUAUAUCUUUUAAAAGAAAGAGUUUUUUGUUGUUGCUGUGGAAGUGGGGAGUACAACCGCUGGUCUCGAGCCGACACAGUGUUGAUAGAUCCGUUCUCUGAAGGGGGAGGGGAUCUGAAGAAAGCGAGGAAAAGAGGUAACAAAAAGAAUGAACGGUUUUAGUACCGAAGAAGACAGCCGGGAUGGCGGCGCCGGGGCUCCGGGCUUUGGCCACAUUUGCUGUCUGGUUGACGAUGGAGAGAGGUGUAACCGCCCUGCCGGCAACGCCAGCUUCAGCAAAAGGAUUCAGAAAAGUAUUUCGCAGAAGAAACUCAAACUGGAAACCGACAAGAACGUCCGACAUUUGUACAUAUGUGACUUCCACAAAAGCUUCAUACAAAGUGUGCGAAACAAGAGAAAGAGGAAGGGAAGUGAUGACGAUGGAGGUGAUUCACCAGACCAUGAUGCUGAAUCCCCAGAGGUCGAUUUGUUUCAAUUGCAAGUAAAUACACUGAGGCGUUAUAAGAGACACUUCAAACUACAGACUAGACCUGGCCUAAAUAAAGCUCAGCUAGCUGAGACAAUCAGCCGUCAUUUUAGGACCAUUCCAGUGAAUGAAAAGGAAACUCUAGCCUAUUUUAUCUACACGGUGAAGAAUGACAAAAUCAGGCAUGAUCAGAAACCGGACAGCAACAUUCACUGAAAAAGACAAUAUCUGUGCUUUUAUUGAUCACAUGAUGGCACAGUGACAAGAGGUUCCACUUCUAAAGUCAGUUGUAUUUAAGUAUUUUAUUGUUUAAAAGCAUCUUCUAGAAUUGGCAUGUUUUUUUUUACGUAAAAUUCAUUUUGCAAUUAUGAUUUCCAGUCUCAGAAUUUUAAUGUCUAGAGUAUGCUAUAGUUAAAUAAGAGCUACAGGAAAGCAGAAUCCUUUUGUGUAUUUUAUUCUUGUGAGGUCCUGCUCUGAAAGAGAACGUGAUGCUUUAAAACAGGCUUUUAUGUUACUGAGAGCUGAGAAUUGCUCCGUGUGUUCUCUCCCUUCCUAAUGGAAGCCGUGUGGCCAUGAACCGACGACGCCUCUUCAUGUGCAGAAGAUGGACAAUGUUGCAGAGCUGUGGCAGGGCGUCCAUGCGGCCAGAUCUCUGCACAGCGUGUGCUAUUUUUUUGUUAACUUGGCCUUUAAUGGGACCUUACAGCAAGAAAAUGUGGCUGCGGAAAAUGGAGGCACACCGACAAAUCUUGUACUGCUUAUUCAUCCAUUUUCUUUUGUGCUGUUAAACAUUUAUCAUUGUGGGAGGUGAAACACUGUCCAGUCUGCAAUAUGGUGAUCAACUGUAAAGUCUGAACUUUUGUGUGCACCGGGGUUCUCUUAAGAUUGAUUACAGUGUUAAUAUUUUUCCCUGUGCAUAUAAAUUUACAAUGUACUGUACAAUGACACUCAAAAAUUUUGUAAUGUUUACACUUGUCAUCUUCAUAGGGUGUGGUUGCAGAGGUAUGGCUUUGUUACUACUGUACCUUUAAGACAUUGUCAAUUUUGCAUUAAACAAAUGUGCCCAAAUUCCUUUGGAUGCUGCCGAGUUCCUCCAGCAUUCUGUGUGUGUCGCACAAAAUCUCUGCGCUUUGUUAUCUGGCAAAUUGAAGAAAAGGAGGCAGUUGCCAAUGCUAAAUUUGAAGCAUUCAAUGUUGGUGCAUUUCUAGUCAGCCUGUUCCUUCAAAUUCCAUUGAGAUGAAAUUCCAAAAAGCCUGGAGACUAAAUAAUGUUGGAAGCAAAUAAUGAGCGACGAAGUGUUCUGUGGUGCUCACACAGAUUGAAUACACUCAGUGGCCUCUUUAUUAGGUGCAUCUGUACACUUUGUUAAUGUAAAUAUCUAAUCAGCCAAUCAUGAGGCAGCAACUCAAUGCAUACUAGCCUGCAGACAUGGUCAAGUUCAGUUGUUGUUCAGACCAAACAUCAAAAUGGGGAAAGAAAUGUGAACUAAGUGACUUUGACCAUGGAAUGAUUGUUUGUGACAGACGGGGUGGUUUGGGUGUCUCAGAAACUGCUGAUCUCCUGGGGUUUUCAUGCACAACAGUCUCUAGGUAGGGGUUCCCAACCUUUUUCGUGCCAUUAUGCGAGGAAUCCACAGAUUCUAGGUUGAGAACCCCUGAUCAUUUACAGAGAAUGAUGUGAAAAACAAAAAACCUCCAAUGAGCAGCAGUUUUGUGGGUGACAACUCCUUGUUAAUUAGAAAUGUCGGAGGAGAGUGGUCAGACUGGUUUAAUCUGACAGGAAGGUGAUAGUAACUCACAUUACCAUGUGUUACAACAGUGGUGUGCAGAUGAGCAUCUCUGGAUGCACAACACUUUGAACCUUGGAGUGGAUGGUCCACUGCAGCUGAAGACUACACUGGGUUCUACUUUUCUCCUCUGCCCAUGAACCCUUCUGGAUCAAAGGCUGCCAACAGCAGCUUGCCGAGUCCUUUCCUCUAUCCGUGAGUGUAGCCCAUCUUUCAAUAUCCUCCUCCAACCAGGAAUGAGGUCUUUGGAGUUUCUGUAGCUCUGGAUUCUUACUGGAUGGGGUUGCUUGCCCGACCCUCCUGCUUUCGCAGCUGAGCUUGGGACCGAUCACGGCAGAGUCUGGGUUCCACUCCUGUACUUAAUAAAGUGGCCAUUGAGUGUAUUUCAGAUUGCUUGCUGUAGUGAAGCUCUAAAACGACUGGAGUCAAAUAUUCAUUAAAAAAUGGUGGAAGCACACACUGAGCUGCAGAUGUAUUUGCCCUAAAGUGGUGCACAUGGACGGAUUGAAUACUUGCCUUUUGUUUGAUAUGUGAUACAUCGUUACACAUCCAGGAUAAUCAACCAUGUAAGAACGUCAACAGAAGAUUCCUUUAACAUUUUCAAAUCGGCCAAGGAAACACCAAAUAAAUUGCGCCCCCCCCCCGCCAGAACAUUGAUUCAUAUUGGAAAUACUGUGGUGAAGAAAGCCUUCUUGAUAAUUUCCGAUUUGUUACCUUUCUGUAAUGAGCCAAGAUCAUUAGUGAUGGUUGGCUAAUUGCUGCGGACUUAUUAACUGCAAUGUCAAGUUGUUGCUUUAAUUCAAAUAGUUUUGAGAAUCUAAUCUGGCUUCUUCAGUGAGUUGUAGCAAGUUUCUUUUUAUUUAAAAAAAGUCCUUUUGAAAUGUAUCUAUGUGCAGAAAGGUGCUGUAAGUAUUUUUUGAACUGAGAUCUAAACUUACGGUGUUAAACUGAGCCCUACAAAGCCAAAAGGUCCUGGAGUUCAGUUUGGUGAUGAGUUAGAUGAUCUUGUGAAGUUCACCUGAUGGCUGAAGAAGAGAAAUGUACAUCCAGAGUUUUUUUCCAAACUGACAUUCACUGAUCCUUGAAGCGAGAUGUCCCUAUGGAAGCAUGGGGAGCAGGAUUAUGAUCGAGUUAUUGUCACCCAUGGUUGUGUUCAUCUCACCAUGGAGGCUAGUUAGUUUAACAAUAACUUAGUAAUUCAAAUACAGAUAAGGUGAAUAUCUGGAAGACUACAUUCCUGAAACCUUAAUUUUGUCCUUGGUGUAACUGACACACUGUACCAUAGUACUGCACAAUAAGGGGCAUGAAAGAUUAUUGUUUUGAAUUGUAUCUGUAAAUUAGUGUCCUGUGUAAGUAAAAUUACCACAGCAUUUAUGAACAUUUACUCCAGCUGUGAAAUUUAUGUUGUGCUUCAACACUUUGGCUCUAGAAAGGUGAAGUAAGGUUAUGCAGUCAAGAGUGAGGCUUAGAAGUCAAGGCAACAAGUUCCCACUUUGUGCUGAGUUUGCUGAUUUAAGCCACGUGUACUGAAAUUGACAUUUAAUUCUCUGAGGAAACUUUGCCCAAAUUUCCUGCCUUGUGAUGUUGAUGCCUUGUUGGCUGUAUAAUUUACUGUUCCACAUGGGGAGUGGGAGUACUCACUAAUGUAAGUAGCUGACUGAUGCCUCAGCAAAUCAGUUUGAGAAGCAAGGACAGUUUGCACAGCUCAGUUUUAUCAAUUAUUGGGGCGUCACAGUAACAUUCUGGUUAGCGUAACGCUAUUACGAUGCCAGUGACCGGGGUUCUCUAAAGAAAAUAAAAAUUUUCACGCUUGCAAUUCUGCAAUGUCAAAAUUCAAUUAAAAUAAUUGUGCAGUUAUACAUUUUGGUAGAAAAAAUAACAAUUGUUUUCCUUUUAUCCAAGUUAUCAUGAUUGCUGUGCGCUGGGAAAUAUUUGGACCCAACACUAACCUGAGUGUCUCUGUCCCUUCAGUCCUUUAUUAACUAUCCUGCUUUAUGAUGCUCAACCAGCUGCUUCCUACAAGUAUGAAACAGUCCUCUUCAUUUCCAGCAGAGGUCAUACAAUAGCAGUUUGAAGUAGGAAGCCUAGUCAAAUGUCUCCACAGGGCCUCAGGUUAAUCUCAUCAUAUCGUAAAAUUUUGGCUUUUUUCCCGUUUGGAUCCGCCUGUCAUGAUCUAGGGGGGAGAGGCUGGCCACAGCCAUCUAUUGUCAAGCCCACAGACUCUCAAGCUAGUUUGAGUAUUCUUCCUUCCACCCUGCUUCCUGUUACAGUCCCAUUGCAUUCGCCCUUUGCAUUUGCUCCAAAGAUCAGACUUUCUGGGUAGGUGACACUGAAAUAACUCUUCUUCCCACACCGUUGUUUCCCCUCUAGGAAAGAACCCUUGAUUGUGUUUCCUGCAACUCUGUUCUCACCCUGUCCCUGUGGAACACCACUAGUUAUCAGUAGCCAACCAGAAAAAGCCCCCUUUAUUCUCACUCUUUUCCUCCUGCUAGUCAAGCAAUCUUCUAUCCAUGCUAGUAUCUUCCCUGUAAUACCAUGGGCUCUUCAUGUGUUAAGCAGCUUGAUGGGCGGCACCUUGUCAAAGGUCUGAAAAUCCAAGUGAAAAAUAUCCACUGACGCUUGCCUAUCCCGCCUGUUAUUUUAGAAUUCCAAAAGAUUUAUCAGGCAAAAUUUCCCUUUAAGGAAACUAUGCUAACUUUGACCCAUUUUAUCAGAGCCCGAGAAUACAAGGACAUCUCCUUAGUGCAGAGAUAAUAAGGAAUUUCUUUAGCCGGGGAAGGUGAAUCUGUGGAAUUCAUUGCCUCCUGUAGCUGCAGAGGCCAAGUCUUUGGGUAUAUUUAAAGCAGAGGUUCUUGAUUAUUAAGGGCAUUACAAAUUACAUGGAGAAUGCAGGCGAAUGGGGUUCAGAGGGAUGAUGGAAUGGUGGAGCAGACUCGAUGGGCCAAAUGACUUAAUUCUGUUCCUACAUCUUAUGGUCGCCCUCCCAGAUAAAGCAGUUUCCUUAGGUACAGCUACUCAUCGGCAUCUUCAUCCACAGCUCAAACAUGAUCUCUUCCAGCACCCCAAGGGAAAAUAUACAGAAAGGUAUUGGAAAAAGGCCAGUAACAUCAUGGAGGGUCCCACCCACCCUGUUCCUGGACUGUUUGUCCCACUGCCAUCGGGGAGGAGGCUACAUAGCAUUCACGCCAGGACCAGCACACUCAAAAAAGUUACUUUCCACGAGCAAUAAGUCUGAUCAAGACCUCCACCCAUGAACCCAUCACACCACACACCUACCACCAGUACUUUAUCAUUUCUUGUCAGAGUCACCUUGUGGACGGACAUUACCGUGUCUCGUGUCAUUUUAUGGACAUACAAUCAAUCUUUGUACAUAAA